AGGGUGCAGCGGUAGUUGUGCGCAGGCGCGGCGGGGCCAGUGACGGCGGGCGGGGGCGCGGGCGCGGGAUAAGGAGGGAGGCAGCGAGCGGCGGCGGGCGGAGCGGGUGCGAGGCUCCAGCCGUGUCGAGCUGAGCCGUGGGCAGCGGCGGGCGGAGGCGCAGGCGCAGGCGUAGAGGCUCCGCGGCCCCCGGGCGCCUUCCUCCUCCGGGAGCGCGCGCGGGAGAGCCCCGGCGCCGCGCGGACGGGCGAAGCCCCCUCAGCCCCCGGGCCGGGCAGCGCCUCGUCGCCCUCCGCCGCGCCUCAGGCGGCCUCGCCCGCCCGCCCGCCCGCCAUGGCGCUGCGGCGGCGCCUGGCGCGGCUGGCCGCCCACCUGCAGGACCCGCAGAAAGUGGCCUCCUUCCAGCGGCUCUGCGGCGUGGAGGGGCCGUCGGGCUGGGCCGAGGCGGAGCAGCGAGGCGCGGGCCGGGGGCCGCUGGCUAACGGCGCCCCCCCCGCCGCCGAGCGGGCCGCGGCGCAGGGGCCGGGGCGGCAGCAUCCUGCCGGCAGCGGGGCCGCGCCGGGGGGCUGGCGGAGGAGGCCGCGGCGCAACUCGCUGGCGGAGGAAGACGGCAGCCAGGAGUUCUCCACCCGCAGCCGCUCCCUCUACUACCUCUUCAGCCUGGGCACGGAGCUGGGCAACGAGCUCUUCUACAUGCUCUUCUUCCCCUUCUGCAUCUGGAACGUGGACGCGUGGCUGGGCCGGCGGCUGGUGCACAUCUGGGUGUGGGUGAUGUACCUGGGGCAGUGCACCAAGGAUGUCAUCCGCUGGCCGCGGCCCGCCUCGCCGCCCGUGGUGAAGCUGGAGGUCUUCUACAACUCCGAGUACAGCAUGCCCUCCACGCACGCCAUGUCGGGCACCGCCAUCCCCCUGGCGCUGCUGCUGCUCAGCCACGGCCGCUGGCAGUAUCCCCUUAUAUUUGGGCUGAUUCUUGCAUUCUGCUGGUGUUCUUUGGUUUGCUGUAGUCGAAUUUAUAUGGGAAUGCAUUCAAUUUUGGAUGUUAUUGCUGGAUUUUUGUAUGCUGUUCUCAUCUUGGUUGUCUUCCAUCCAGUUGUGGACCUGAUUGAUAACUUCAACUUAACUUACAAAUAUGCACCAUUAAUCGUCAUCAGUCUCCAUUUAGCCCUGGGCAUCUUCUCCUUCACUCUAGACACUUGGAGCACAUCACGAGGAGACACAGCUCAGAUACUGGGCUCUGGUGCUGGAGUAGCCUGUGGCUCUCAUGUUAGCUACAUGCUGGGUCUAAACCUAGAUCCUCCUCCCAGUAUGUUACCUUUAUCUCUUUCCUCUCUCACUGUGACUGUGUUCGGAAAAGCCAUGUUGCGGUUGUUAAUUGGAGUAGUAAUUCUGUUAUUAACAAAAAUAGCGAUGAAAAAAGCCACUAUUCCACUGGCAUGUAAAAUAUUCCGCAUACCACAUGAUGAUGUACGGAAAGCAAGACAGCGCAUGGAAGUUGAGCUUCCCUAUCGCUAUAUUACAUAUGGAAUGGUUGGGUUCUCCCUCAUGUUUAUCAUCCCUUGUCUCUUCCAGUUUAUUGGUCUUUCUUGAUGCAGAUUCAUCACUUUAAAUAGGGAGAACGGAGCUAGUUGCUUUUUGAAAAGGUGCACUAGUUUGCUAAGGGAAGGCCAGUGAGUUUGGCUUUAGCAGAGGUCUUCGCUUUAACAGCAAUACGUAGCAGGCAAAGCAUUUAAAGGACAUUGCACAUCUCUGGUACGGUAUGUGGCCAGAAGUCAAAUAUCAGUUCCUGAGAAGUGCUGAACUCUGUAAAUGCUGUGUCUAGACUUAUUGCUGUAACAAAGUGCGUGUGUGAGUGCACGCGAGAUGCAAUGAAUGUAUCUGAAACAUCUGUCAUACUGUACCUGUGUACUUCGACAUUUUGACAAGUAUGUCUGACAGCUAAUCAAAAACCUCCAUUCAUGAUCUGUUUGCCAUUUCAUAAUAACUUAAAGUUGUUGGACCAUAAACUGCUAAAUUAUUUGUUUUCCUCUAUUUUUCCCUAAACCCUGCUUCAAGAUGUUUUAGCUAGUGCAUUUUGAAUGGACCAAAGUUGCAAUGAGGUUGGAUUUUUCUAAAAAAACAAACAAACAAACAAAAAAAACAAAUGGAAGCUUUUUUUCCUUUAGUCCCUUUUACACAGUAAAAUGUCUGGAUUGGCAUUGGUGUUAGGUAUCAAUGGAGUAUGUAAGAUUUAGGUACUGUAUUUUAUGGCUUGAUAACUGUGCCUUUCUGUUGCAAAAUUAACAAAUGCCAUAUAUACUGUAAUGUAAAAAUGAUUCAUUUUACUUUAAAUCAUACAUAAUUAGGCAGAUAUUUUUAAAUGUUAGAUUGUCCACAUUACUGGCAUGGUUAAAUUAACCAGAAUAUUCAGUUUAGCCUGUUUAAAAUUGCAUAAAUGAAAUGGCCCAAGAAUCAUGUCCUUAGCCUCAAAAGGUUGUGAAUGGAUAAUAAUCCCUUUUGUAAGUAUUUUUUAAUGAGCAUUGUAAAUUACUGGUAGAGGAUAUAUUUUUCUGCAGAUUGUUUAUACAGUGGGCAGAUGUUCAAAAUUAAUUAUCUAAAAAUAUAAACAAUAAAAGUACCCAUCCUACUAAGAAAUGGGCCUCACAUAUUAUUCCAAAUGGAUUUAGAAGGACCAUUGUUUUUAGAGAUGUGCUUAGAAAUUCUAAUCAUAGUUCUAGAAAAAUUGUAUGUAUUUUUAUUCAUUAACAUACUGUAUUUUAAGGUGAGAAUCACUUUUACCCAGUUUGGCUAUAUAAAAAAAAAUAAUGAUCAAAUUAAAUUUUUGAUCAUUUUGAUAGGAAGAUCUCGGCACUCAAGACAGUGUUGUCAAUGCAUAAAUAGUUUGUGCGUAUCUAGGUUUUAUUGAAUAAUAAUGCACUUUUCAAGUUCCUUUUCCAAGUGAUGAGUAGGGCGUGAUCCUUGAACUAUAAUUUCAUAUGCCUCUGUGUGUGUUUUUUUGUUUUUUGUUUUUUUUUGUUUUUUAAGGUUACCUAAGGCUGUUCUUUCCAUGUCAGGAACUGUCUUACUACAGCAUUCUGGCAAGGUGUGAAUUACCUAGUUUUGUAUCAGCACAUUUUUUUCAGGAAAAACAUGAUUAGGAAGUCUAGUGAAUAAUUUAGCUAGAAUACAAAGCUUACUUUUUGUAAGAACUACUUGGAAUUGGAAGUUUAUUGUAUUGGAGAUAUGAGCUCCAAACUCUGCUAAUAUGUAAAUUAACAAAAUUAACUUCCUAUCUCUUUGCUCCUUAAAGCAGUCAAAGUUAUGGUACGCUGGCAUUAGAAGAUGUGAAAAUCUGACUUUCCUGAUGUGCAUUUAGAAUGCACUGUUAUGAAUGUACUCAAAAGAAUUGAUAGUGUGUUAAACCACUUCUAUAGUUGGAGAGAUCUUACCCUGUAGAACAUGUGUAGCUUCUUUCAGUACAUAUUUCUAUAUUUGAUUUUUCUCUCUGUCCCUUUGUUGCAGUUUUUAUGCUGAAUGUGCAGUAAAUCAGUUUUCAAGGUUUCGAGGGAAGGAUUUCCAAUGAUAGGGUUUUGCACACUAGGAUAAAGGUUGAAUAAAUAACCAGGGGGCAGGUAUCCAAAAAGGCUUUUUGCUUAAAGCCCUGAACAGGUAUUGUAGUUCUGAUGAUAUUAAAUUAGCCUGAAGACUGGGGAAAAUAGUACUAAUAGGAUGACUUCCUCUGAAAUUUAGGACACAUUUUCCUUAAAUAUCCUAGCUUUAUACUUUAUAGAGAAGACUGUGUAAAUUGUAGCACAGAAGGGAGAGUUAAACUAAUUUUUAAGGUACGUAUUUGCCGUUAAGACUUUUAGGAACUUGAAGUUUACAGCAUAGGAUUGUUCUAAACGCUGCAUUUUAUAGCUGUCAUACUAUUAAUGGAAAAGAAAACCUACUGUGGAAAUUUUAGAAUGGGUGAAAAAAAUCAUAUGCAGUCAUGACUUUCAGCAGACUAAGGAAAAUUGCACUGUAGCUCAUUCUACUAUUACUCAUAUAUAUAUAUAUAAAAAAUAUAUACUUUAUAUUUUUAUACAUUACAUAGGACAUGACAUUUUGAAGUUACCCAAUGUACCAUAUAGUGUAGACUGCAGGAAAUGUAUAUCAUAAUGUUGGUUUAUACAGCACCUUUGCAACCCUGUCUCUAGAUUGCAACUACUUUACUGGAGUUUACAUGAAUAAAGUUUUACUAGUCUAUUUUCAUGCCCUAUAAGUGGCUAGGCUUAAGAGGGCAAUUUAGCACAAAAUAUCAUGCAAUAGGAAUACUGUUAUAGAACAGAGGAAAGAAAGGAAUGCAAAAACUUAAAAAUUCAACUCUAAAUAUAUACCAAGAUUUGUAUUUUAGUAUAUUUUUGGUUAAUAGUAUCUUAAGAUUCCUUCACAUCAGUCAUAACAAAACAGUAGGUAAAACUUGAGCACUUUCUUUGCCCUAAACUAUUGCUAGAGUUGAACAUAAAUAUUUGUAGCAUGAACAUCAGCUGGUACCAAAUUACUAAUAAAUAAAUAUAACAUAGCUUUAAGAAGGUAGUUAAAUGUCUUCUCAGAAGGAUAAUACACUUGAAAAGUUUUAUGAGGCAGUACAGAAACAAUUAUUCAUGUGUCACUGCUAUUGAACUUUCUCAGUUCCAGGUUGUAUAGUCCUAAAAAGAGAAAUAUACUGUUUUAUAGAAGCAGAUAUAGAUGCACAUUUAUUACAAAAAGGUAUGAACGUUUGUCUUACCUGAUUACUGUAUGCAAUAUAAAACUGAAUCUAAUGCAUGCUAGAGUGUGCACAAAAUCCUGUUUUCCAAAAGGCUGGAGAGACCCUAAUUAGUCUUAGAUACCUGCCUUAAACAUACAAGGAUUUUUUUCUGACCUGGCCCUCAAAUAGCACUAACAUACGCAUUGCAUCUUGGGUAUAUCUUUAGAACCUGUUAUUUUGCAAACAGUUGCAUGUUUACAUGAAAGCUAUUACUUUUGCUUCCUGUGCUGGAAACUGGAGUUGAAGCAUCUUUCUUCUGUGUGAUCGCUCUUGAGCCUCUGAUCACAUAUGCCUUAUUUACUUACCUUGCAAAUUAAAAAAAAAAAGGGGGGGGGGGGAAGAACUGUUUUAAGGUAAAUUGGCAAGCCAAAGGAAGUUGUAUUUUGUUUGCUUAAUUGAAACCUUUUCUUAAGCUCCUGAAAAAACAAAGGCUCAUUUUUUUAAAAAACAGGAUCUCUAAUUUUUUUUGAAAACCAAACAGUGUUAAUGUGUCAGGAUUUUAAAAGCUAUCAUCUUUUCCUUUGCUAUUAUAUUUUACUAUUUCUUUCAAUAUUUGUUACUCAUUUCUCGUUUAUUUGCUAGGGAGUGUCCUGAACUAUUUGUAAGCAGCUGCAAAAAUACUGCUUAUGUAAAGAUUGUCAUUUUGAACUUGUAAAUAUUUAAGGGCUGUUAGUGGCUGUUAGCUGCUCAAAUACAUAAAAACAAACCUUGCAUGCUGUAUGUAAAUACAUCUGUUGUGCUAAAAGUUUUCUAUUUCAGUAUUUGCUUUCUUGAUGUGAAACAAGAUUUUUAACACAAUAUAUAUUUAAUAAUUCAAUCAUGUAAGAAUUCAUAGCUGUCUAACCCCUGUUGAUGAUGUUGGGAGUUCUGCCUCUAGUUCCUUACAUACCACAUUGAAAAUGAACCCUGAAGGUUACGUCCAUGUUCUGGCAUGCAUAUAGGCGUGAGUGUGUGUGUGUGUGACCUGACUUACCUUGUGAGAUGGAAACGUAAUAUCCUUGCUUUUGAGAACUGAGAUUGCUGUUUAUAAAACCGUACUUAGCCCAAUUUUACAAGACUUUUAAAGGGCAUAAGUUGGAAGCUGUUUCACAGUAGCUGGAACUGGUUGUACGUUUGCAACAGUGAGUUGAUGCCUUUCCCUCUGUAUGGUAACUAUGUUGAAUGACAAGAUUCCAGAAUAAUGUCAGCAGACAAUAAUAGGAGAAUUAAUUUCUUGGGGUAUUGCGACUCAAAAUUUACUGUACUGUAUUGGUUCUUGUUAUUUUUGUCUAAUACAGACUGUUUCUGGAUUAUACAGUUUACUGCUAUGUUCUGCAAGUUAUUUUGAGGAACUUUGACUUUUUCGUGGCAGUCUCAUUGAAUGACUUGAUGCAGGCUGCUAUUCUGUCCAAAACCUGAAGUGGCCUUUUUGUUUUGGCACAAAUAUAUAAGCCUAUUUUAAAACUGACCAUGAAUAUCAUAUUUGUCAAAUCAAUAGAUUAGUUGGAUCACUAAUGUUUUCUUCCUACAAUAUGUCUUGAAUCAAAAGCAAAAAAACCCCGUAAUUUGAAAACAAAAUGAGAUAUCAUGUGGCAGACAGGAUAUUGCUCUUUAGGUGUUCUCUCAACUGCUAGUAUCACAUGCUGGAGAUGAAGCAAAUUUACUAUGCAUUAGAAAAAUUCUUUUUGCACUCGGUUCUGCACCGGAAGUAAUUUGUGUGUUGGUUAAGAGUCCAGUUAACAAAAUGAAACAAAGCAAUAUGUGCUUACAAUAUAUAAUCAACUACUCCUGUAGGAUUAAAGAAGAAUAGAGAUUACCUAUGGGGAUAAUACCUUAAACAUACUGACUGCGAAGUGUAAACAAAAGCCCUAUCAAUUUGGAGCAUUUUAUUAGUACAGGACAAACAAUUACUAGAUUUUUUGCACAACUUUGUUAAAGUGUAAUGAAAGUCAAGCCUGAUAUUCCUGAAAUAGAAACAAAUUCUUAAUACAAUUCAAGCAAUUUAAAAUAUCAUGAUUGGAGAAGAUCAAUUCAGGAGCUAUUAACUUGGAAAGUAAGAGCAAAGUCUGAGUGGGAUUUUGUACUAAACUUCAUGCACUUAAAUACAAUGCCAAAAUUUGGCCUAUACUUGAUUUAUAUGGGAUCUGUAGUACCAUACAGGUAGGUGUGUAUAUAUAUAUUUUGCAUAUUGGAGUUUAAUUUUUUUAUGUAUAGGUUUUUCUUGUUACUGUGUUUCCUGAUAAAAGCAACUGUUCAUAACACAAAAUAGCUUUGUCUGUAAUAGGUAAGGCUCUAUGCUAAUAGUAUUUCAGGAAAUAACACAGUUCUAGCCCCCAGCCUCUCAGCCUCUUGGAGAACCUUUUUUUUUUUUUUUAAUUUAUUUAUUUUAAAAAAUGCUUUCAAGCACAAGCCCUGAAUUAGUUGAAGAUCAUAUAAUGGUUGCUGUACAACAGUGUACAACCUGAUAUUUAAAAAUUAGUACGUCUGAACUUUUUUGUUAUGGUUAAUGCUUUUGUACUCAUUGUACACUUUCUGCAGUUGUCAGCUGAUAUUUAAACUCUCAUUAACUGGUAACUGAAGUGUCUAACUUCACUUGCAAUGAGUGGAUAAUAAACUACUGUUGGAUUCA